AUGGCCCGCCCUCUCCCAUGGGAGAUCAUCCGCAAUGUCGGAGACUACCUCGACCCACCGCAGCUCCUUGUCUGCAUCCAGCUUGCAUCCUCGUGGAAGCCUCCCCUCAUCCCUCGACUCUGGAGUGCCAUCUGCGACCACUCCUACAGCUGGCACAAGGUGCUGAAGCAAGACAACACGUCUGACACUUGGACAGAGGCCGACGACCAGCGGCUUCGCGACCUAUUUGUCAAGUAUGGACACCACAUCCGCGAACUGGACGUGUCCAGCCCUUACCUUAUUGCCGCCGCCAGCAGCGCAGAAACCUGCACGAACCUAUGUUCGCUCAGUAUCAGGUUCCUGGACCUCCGCCGUCCCUACAACGAUCCUUCCGGGGAGGAACAAGGAGGGAUGAUACCUGGACCGUUGAUUUCGCCCGUCUUUGAGGAACACCUCCAAUCGAUCCUCCCUGCGAAUCGAGGCCAAGGCCAAGGCGACUUGGGUAGACAGGCGCGUCUGUUAGAUGGCUGGAAUCUGGUCCAGCAUAUUUGGCUGCUGGUUCGACAGAAUGCAGGGCUGCGGCAGUUGGUUCUGUGCAAGAACAUCUCUGAACUGGCCAUAGUUCCUUCAUCCUUUUCCCGCGCCAGUCUGGCGGUCCUGCAUGACCUGGAGGAGCUCGACUACAGCCCAGACCAUCUUGACCUCUUCGAGAUUUUAAUUGCCCUUCCAAAGCUGCGAUCUUUUAGCACGAGUCUGACAUCGGGCGGAUCCGACUACCUCCUGCCAACGCCCCAUCAACUUGAGCGGCUUGACCUGCACAAGGCGACGGUGGGCAGCGGAACCAUGCACAAUCUGUUGGAAAAUCUUCCGGGUCUUGUCUCGCUGACGAUUGGGACAUUCUAUCUGGACGGCUGGAUGGGCACCGAGCUUGGUAGGCUCAUGAAGAGCACGCCGAGUCAGCUAAAGGAACUUUAUUUCAGCCACAUCUCUCCCCCGUUAUCCUUCGAGGACUAUUGGGCGGCGAUGCUGUUGAUUCCCCGGCUGCCGUGUCUGACAACGCUUGUUGUUGAUAGGGAUAGCAUGGAAAUCGCCAAGGCCGCAGGGAAGCACUGCAGGCAGCUGAGGGUGUUUCGUCAGGCCUAUGACGGGCUUUCUAUCCACCCCGUUGACGGGGUUCAGCUACAGCCCGAUUCUGUGUGCCAGAUGCUGGAGACCUGUCUCGAGCUGGAAGAACUGGACGCGAUUCAUCACAAGAUGGAGGUACAGAGUAUAUUGGUGAGACCGUGGGUGUGCGCUCAAAUGACGGUGUUCCGAUGCCAGAUUGUAGGGGUCAACCGUCUGGCUGUAGAGGAGCAGAGGGUGGUGGAUUCUCUUGUAGCCUCGGGGCGACUUUGUAGUAGGGACUCCCUCGAGGGUGAAGAGCGGCUUGCAGUGGAGCGGCUUGUGGAGAGUCGGGAACAUCAGCAAGCGAUCCUCGGCCGAGUCGGACAAUGGACUUCACUCAAGACACUCUGCUUUGGGCACGAGUACAGGAACUAUCGUCUCUAUCAGUUGGACGAGCCCCCUUAUUAUACAGUCGAUGGGGUCAAGUACUUGCAGUACGAUGGGCCCAUCCCCAACACCUUGGAGUUGUCGCUCGAGUCUGGACUGGAACGACUGGCGGGGCUGAAGGAUCUGGAGAUGUUUGGGUUUGAGGGAUUGGACCAUAGGAUUGGAAAGGCGGAACUGGACUGGAUGGCGGUGAAUUGGCCCAAGCUGAAGGUUAUGCGUGGGCUCCAUGUGGAUACGAUGCCGUAUGUUGAGUACAAUGUCCGUCGGGCAGAACUGAGGGAGUACUUCCAGAAACUGAGGCCAGAUGUCGUCCAUGCCACCAUGGAGACCUCGUUGGGUCUCGGUCUUUAUUAG